GAAGAUAGAUAGCAAAUGCAGCACACAACAGAGGAAUGGAAACAAAUCAAACAUCGAAAUAAAAAGCCACUCACUCUCUUGAUUUCACUCUCCCUCAGCCUCUCCAGAUCACUCAGUUCUCAAGGAUUAAUGGCCAACAAAUAUGAGGGACCUGCAAUAGGAAUUGAUUUAGGCACCACCUACUCAUGUGUUGCUAUAUGGCAAGGACAGAACAAUCGAGCUGAGAUCAUUCCCAAUGAACAAGGAAACAGAACCACACCUUCCUGUGUUGCUUUCACUGAUACCCAAAGAUUGAUUGGUGAUGGUGCAAAAAAUCAGGCUGCAAUGAAUCCAUCAAACACUGUCUUUGAUGCUAAGAGGUUGAUUGGAAGGAAAUAUCGUGACUCAGUUGUUCAGGUUGAUGUCAAACUCUGGCCCUUCAAGGUCAUUGCUGGAACUGAUGGCAAACCCACCAUUGUUGUUAAGUAUAAGGGUAAGGAAAAACGCCUUGUUCCUGAGGAGAUCUCAUCCAUGGUUCUCUCAAAGAUGAAGGAGACUGCUGAGGCAUUUUUGGUGUCACCUGUGAAGAAUGCAGUCAUCACUGUGCCUGCUUAUUUCAAUGACUCUCAGAGAAAAGCCACCAAGGAUGCUGGUGCCAUUGCUGGCCUCAAUGUUAUGCGGAUAAUCAAUGAACCAACCGCUGCAGGUCUCGCAUAUGGCCUUCAGAAGAAAUCCAGUUUUGCUGGAAAUCGAAAUGUGUUCAUCUUUGAUCUCGGUGGAGGCACUUUUGAUGUGUCUAUUCUCACUAUAAAAGAUGAUAACUUCGAGGUGAAGGCCAUUGCUGGUGACACUCACCUUGGAGGAGAGGACUUCGAUAACAGAAUGGUGGACCAUUUUGUUAAGGAGUUUAAGAGGAAGCACAAGAAGGACAUUAGUGGGAGCCCAAGAGCCUUAAGGAGGUUGAGAAAUGCGUGUGAGAAAGCAAAAAGGACACUCUCAUUCGCUGUAGAUACCACCAUUGAGGUAGAUGCUUUAUUUGAGAACACUGACUUGUGUUCAACAAUUACUCGCAUCAGAUUUGAGGAACUGAACAUUGAUCUCUUUAAGAAGUGUAUGGAGAUAGUUGAGAGGUGUCUUGAAGACUCUAAGAUGGACAAGAGUGACAUAGAUGAUGUUGUUCUUGUUGGUGGUUCUUCUAGGAUUCCCAAAGUGCAGCAGCUAUUGCAGGAUUUUUUCAAUGGGAAGGAACUAUGCAAGGGCAUCUGUCCUGAUGAAGCUGUUGCUUAUGGUGCAGCUGUGCAAGCUGCUUUGUUGACUGAUGGUGUUACGAAUGUUCCAAACUUGGUAUUGAUGGAUGUUUCACCACUGUCUCUUGGUAUAUUUACAAAAGGAAAUCUCAUGAGUAUAGUGGUUCCAAGGAAUACCACUAUUCCUACAAAGAAGAAACAAAGAUACAUCACAACUGAAGAUAACCAAUCCCGUGUCUUGUUUGAGGUUUAUGAGGGUGAGAGGACAAGAGCCACUAAUAACAAUUUGUUAGGCUCUUUUAUUCUUUCUGGCCUACCUCGUGCUCCUCGUGGCCUACCCUUAGAUGUGUGCUUUUCUAUAGACGAAAAUGGCAUUCUAACUGUUUCUGCUGAGGAAAAAACCACUGGUAGUAGGAAUGAGAUUACCAUUACCAAUGGCAAAGGAAGACUAUCUUCUCAACAAAUUAAGAGAAUGAUUAAAGAAGCUGAUAAUUAUAAGACUGAAGAUUUGAAGUUCAAGAAGAAAGUCGAAGCGGUAAAUGCUGUAGAUUAUUACCUUUACAACAUGAAAAAGCUUAUGAGGGAUGAGAGUGUCAGUUCUAAGCUUCCCCCAGUGGUCCAAGUUAAGAUCAGUUCAGCUAUCGUAAAGGGUGAAAAUUUGCUUGAUGGUGGCCAGAAGCAAGAGGCGUUUGUGUUUGUUGACUUAUUAAGGGAGCUUAAGAGCAUAUUUGAACCUGCAAUGGCCAAGAUCAACAACGGUUGCACUCGUGAGGAGAGUGAUGAGGAUUAUGGAAGCACUACUGGGCCAGCCGAAUCGAUUGCUACUUCGACCAGGCGCAAGUUGAAGAACAAGCUGAGUUGGUUUAAUAAUUUUGCUUGAGUUGUUUUUUAUGUUUUUAGUUGACAUUCCAGAAUAUUCCACUUAAUAGGAUUAAGUUACCUCUAGGGCUAUCCUUACUUGAAGGAAUAGUUCUGGUAGAAUAAAGUUGUAGUAUAUGUUAGAUUUUUUAACAAAAAAACUACCAGUAGUAAGUUAGAGCCACCAAGACAAAUGAAUGAUAUUUACUGCGCCUAAAGCAAGAGGAGUGUUAAUUGUAUGCUUCAGGGCUGCAACUAAGUACAGUUAAAUAAGUUUGUUACUGUUUAUGGCUUUAAUCAUGAAAAUAGUGGUAUUGGUUGCUUAAUCUUGGAGACAAUGGUUUAGUGGCCCAAUUCAAGGACAAAAACUCUUUUGUUUUUCUAGUUUUGCUUUUACAUUAUAAAUGCAACAGAUGGCAAAUGAAUGGAAUGUAGAAUUCCU